UCAGUCCAUGUGCGGUUAGCGUUCAAUGUAGUCAGUAAGCAAUAAAGGAUUAUUCGUGUUUUUACGGGUUUGGUGCAUUUUCGCGUUUUUUCGUGUUUUGGAUAUAAAUACUGUGUAAGGACAUUUAUAGGCCUAACACCUUCAUCAUGAUUCGAGCAUCAAAGUCGGGCUAUAGCCGGGAGAUUAAAAAUAAGAUUGACGCCAAGUACGAUGAAGAGAUUGCCCAGCAGUCUCUCACGUGGAUCCAAGAAACGAUCAAUGAAAGCAUGGUCAACGGAGAACUGCCUGCCAUAGAUAUGAACUUAGACGGUUCGCAACAAAACGUUCACAAAGAAUUAAAAGACGGCUAUAUUUUAGCGAGAUUAGGACAUGUCCUCAAUGAGAAAAUAGUACCAUUCAAUAAACUCAAGGGACAGACGUUAGUCUUUAAACAAAUGGAGCUAAUUGCAUUAUUCCUGGAGGCAGUCAAGUCAGUUGGAGUGAAAGAAAUGGAAGUGUUUCAAACGGUUGACCUUUACGAGAAACAGAACUUGCAUCAAGUGAUAUUGACGAUACAGGCACUUGGACGAAAGGCUUCGUCACUGGGCCUUACUGGGUUUGGACCAAAGGAAUCUGCAGUAAACAAACGAGAAUUCUCAGAAGAACAGUUACGCGAGGGUCAGAGCAUCAUCAGUUUACAAUAUGGAACGAAUAAGGGUGCAAAUCAAGCCGGUAUGAACUUUGGGAAAAAUCGGAGCAUUUUGGAUUAAAAAAACAUCGGUCGCGUACAAUGUCGUACUUGUUCUGUGUGAAAAAAGUCGCGUUGAAACAUUCGCUAUUUGAAACUUGAAGUCAGGAUUCAACCAACUUGCCCAAGUAUGUUGUUUCGGAACUGGAUAUAGAUCUACCCAGGAAAUGUUUUAAACUUUGAAAGAAACAUAUGGGUAGAAAUGAAAUGGUUCUAAAACAGUUGUUGGUUUAUCUUUAUCAGUUUGAAGACGGAAGUGUCCUAUGGGAUAGAGAGGUUUAGUUCACGACUUGGGCCGAUGCUAGUCCAGCCGGUUCAGCUGUAGUGCAUGGACUAGAGACAUGUCCAAUGGGCGCUAAUACUAAUAGGAUUAGUUGUUCAAAAUGGACAAAAAAGAACAGGAGUUUGAUCUCCACAGCUUUUUGUUUUUUGACAAUUGCCUGUUUUAGUGUAGGUAAGACAACAGUGUUGUUAAUAUAUUCACAACUUUGUUGAUAGAAGUACAUGAUGUUUCUAUGAGGUUUGUUUUGGCUGAGAAAUGAAUAUACUUCAAAUGGGCUUGUUCAGUUUGAAACCUUUGAGAUUAUGUAAUGUAUGACGUUGAACAGACUGUUUAUUUUAGCAUACGUUGCUGGCACUUCCACUGCCAGUUUUAGUUGCCUGAUGAUGUGCUGCUAAUGUUUAUAAUCAUGGAUAAUUUUCAGAGGAAAAUGAUGAUCAAUUUUCUGUUAAAGUUUCACAUUCCUGUGUUGUAAUAGUGGUUACCAGUAUUUUGUAGAAGAAAGGGUUCAUGAGAUUUUGACAAGAGAAAAAUUCAUGAAGAAUUUUCUCUAAUAGUUACACAUUCCUGUGUAUUAUAGUUUUAAACAGUAUUUUUGUUGAAGAAUGGUUAGUGAGAUUUUGACGAAUGUGGAAUUUGUUAAGUCAGAAUUCAAUGUUGAUUCUUGAUAAUGCAUUACAUGUACCAUUACCAGUCGAGUAUUAUAGCAUGUGUAGCAUUGGUAGACUAGUUCUAAGACCGGUGAGGUAUCAAAGAAGUAAAUGUAAAGAUAUUACUUCUUAGAAAUCAUGCGUGUGUUAAAAGCAUUUCUCAAUGUAAUGGAAAUAUUGCCUUGUAUACACUGACAUUUUUAUACUUUUCAAAAUUGCAUAGUUUAGUACUUCAUUGUCUGAUACAAGUCCUGUUAUGCUGACCAAAAAACACCCCUUCACACAUUUUUUGGUGUGACAGGAUGCUGCACACAUCAUGAUCUGGACUGCCUAUGUCCCAAGCUUCUUUUCGGGUUCAUGAUGGGGAACUUUUCUAGAAAUACUGUAGUGAUUCAAGGGGUACAAUUCCCUGUCUUGUCAUGCUUGUAUGUACAUAGAGAGCAUUUCAUAUUACAAUACAUGUAAAACGUA